AUGACGAAAAAAGGAGGAUAUGGAGGAAUCCGUUUCUUGAGCGAAGAGGACGACCUGUUACCGCUUCAACACCAGCCACCAGGUGUUGGUCGCCCUGGUUGCCCACUUCAUGGCUCAUAUUCAAGGUCCAUCCAGAAGCUCCAGGAAAAGCUUGGACCACUUCUGGAUCGUCUCGGUCAGGUUGAGGCGGAGUUGCACUCUGUAAAUAAGGAGGGAGAACAGAGCUCUGCUUGUCUGAGUCAAAGCGAUGCCGAGCCACUCGGCAAAGCAAGACAUCCUGACUGCUCAGCCCAGUGGUUCAAUAACCCAAGGGAGUCCCUGAGGUCCAUGUUGGGGAGCAACUCCAAGUGGCAGCUGGUGACACUGCUUGUAGUCGUUGGCCUUAUCUCCCUGGCAGGCUGUGUAGUCUACAGCAUGGUCGGGGCCUGAGCUGUGACGUCGCUUCCCUGCGCUGCAUCAUUGAAAAAUAGUUCCCUCCAUCGUGGUUUCUCGUGGG